CCCAAGCACUGUUACUAAAUUGUUGAGCUGAACCCACCAAACAUCAAAAUGGACCCCUCCUUCCCCGUCUCCCUAUCAGCCCUCCACUUCCCCUCCUCCGAACAACAGUCUAUUUCGCAGACGCUAUCGGCCCUCCGCCGCUCGGCGCUCUCGGUCACCAACCGGCUGCACUCUAUAGAGACGGACGCGCAGUUCGUGGCCGAGGUGGCGGCGCACUACGGACUGCCGCUGAUCGCCAACGAGCGGUGCGGCAGUUGGUACAUUGACCCGGCCGUGAAGACCGGCAGCGUGUAUUUCAAGAGCACGGAUGGCCACACGGGGCAGUGGGACUUCAGUUUCCGUAGACUCAAUCUGCAGGUCUUGAGUAUCGCGCGUGAGCACGGAGGAUGUAUCAUCGUAGACUCUACCCGUCGGGGUAAAUUAAUGCCCGACUCCCUCUCGAAAACCAUCCCCAUCUGGACAGCCGUGCUCAACCGCGCCCUCUUCCCCGACGAGCCGGCCAUGCACUCCGUGCAAUUUCCGCCGAACUUCCUCCCAGAGUCCGAGGAAUCGCAGAUCGAGCGCCGCAUCGACUCGUUCGUGAAGUCGUUGACAGACUUAAAUCUCUCCCUGGAAGCCCUAAAAGCCCAACUGCAGCGCCCUAUUCGCCUCGCGUGGGCAAACAGAGCGUACUUCCACCCGACCACCCUUCUAAAGAACAGUGAGGAAUACAACCUAUUCGUCCUGUGCUCCGCAUCUAAGCGCGUGCACGGUGCCGAAAUGUCGGAGGGCGGGUAUAUCCAGGGGGCUGGUGACGAUAGCGAGAGCUGGGCGCUGGGGCUUACGCCUCCGCUGUUCUGGGAGCAUAAGACUGAGAUCCUGAGACGGUCGGAGGAGGAUAUGCCUGGCUUUAUUUCUUCACUACUCCAACAGGAGAGGGGUGCUAAGGGGGAGCAGGGGCAGGCGGUACGGAUUGCGCCGACGAGGAAUUUGUUCCUUGGUGUUACUGCUGAUGUUUCCGGGGCGGGGUUUGAUCUGGUGGUGGAUUGCAACUCCAAACCCGAGGAACAAGAGCCAUCGGAUGGAGAUGGCAAGAUAGGGCCGAAGAGACUGAACCUAGGCUGCGCAUCAGCGAAGCUAGGCAGUCGCGAUCUGCGCAAGCACCUCGACCGCGUACGGGCAUUUGUGCGCGAGCACCUCUCUGCUAAUCCAGAGACGAAGCUGCUUAUCUGCUGCGAGACGGGACGCGAUCUCUCCGUCGGGGCCCUGCUGGCUAUCCUGUGCUUGUUUUACGAUGAGGAUGGGAACUUCUGUGCGGACGAGAGGAAGAGUAUUGGGAAGCAGUUCAUUCGCCAGCGUCUGGCGUGGAUUACCCUUUGCAAGCCCGAUGCGAAUCCGUCGCGCUCGACGCUGCAGUCUGUUAAUGCGUUUUUGAUGGAGAGGCCGGAUUAUUGA